AUGUUACAAAAUAACACCAAGAAAGAGAGCGAAUCCUCUAAGGGAGAAGAUAGAAAAUCUGAAACUAGUAGCGUUUCCACGACAACUUCUAAGGGGGAUAAGUCACAGGAUGAAGAAAGGAAACUUUUCGUUGGAAUGCUGAGUAAACAGCAGAAUGAGGAAGACGUGCGAAGGCUUUUCGAACCUUUUGGUACGAUUGAGGAAUGCACAAUACUAAGAGAUCAAGCAGGAAAUAGCAAAGGCUGCGCCUUCGUCAAGUUCUCAAGUCAGGCUGAGGCCCAAUCAGCUAUCGUUGCACUACAUGGAAGCCAAACAAUGCCAGGUGCGUCAUCUAGCAUAGUGGUGAAAUUUGCUGAUACCGAGAAAGAGCGUCAUUCCCGAAAAUUGCAACAACUUAUUGGACCUCUGGGGGUCUUUAAUCCAGCACUUGCUUUAUCACAACUGGGAAAUACAGCCUACACGCAGAUACUAGAGAAUCUUUCGCAAACUACUGGAUACAUCAAUCCAGUUGCGGCUUUGGCUCUUCAAUUACAGCAAGUCCAACAAUUGGCCGCGGCUACAAAUCCAACAGCGCUUACGGGUUUGGGGCUCGGUCCAGCUCAGGGAUUGCCCCUAUUUCCACCCCCAACAGGAACUAGCGGAGUUCCGGUGUCAGCUGCCAAUCAACAUCAUUCGCAGGCUACCCAUUUAAGUGGAAAUGGGACAAAUGGCAUGACUAACCACGUACAAAACACUGCUUCCACUACUGGUAAUGCAGCUCCAUCAAUCACAGUUGCAGCCGCAGGUGCUAACCAGUCAGCUGCAGCACCUACUUCAGGACCGCAAAUUAGUUUGUGCAAUGGUAGUGCGGCCGCACUAAGUGCUGCACUCGCAGCCAAUCAGCAAAACAAUAUGGCGCUUGCUGCUGCCGCAUUGGUCGCUGGAGCGGGACUCAAUGGUCCUACUCCGGGAAUAAAUUUGAAUUCUCUCGCGUCCCCUAUUCCUACCUUAGCAACAGCUGAUCCCCUUUCUCACCUUUAUCACAAUUAUACGCAUUAUGGUUUGUCUCCAUAUGGCCAAGGAACACCUGCGCCUCUUCCCCAAAUUGCAUCGUUGGCCCAGCAGGCUCUCAACUUGCCAGUUCAGCAGAAAGAGGGUUCACGAGACCUCAUCCUUACAGGUCCGGAGGGAUGCAACCUAUUCAUAUAUCAUCUGCCCCAGGAAUUUGGCGACCCCGAGCUGGCUCAAAUGUUUAUGCCGUUUGGAACGGUAAUUAGUGCUAAGGUCUACGUUGACAGGGCCACGAGUCAAAGCAAAUGCUUCGGUUUUGUGAGUUUUGAUAAUCCCGCAAACGCUUUAGCUGCGAUUCAAGCAAUGAAUGGCUUUCAGAUUGGAAUGAAGAGAUUGAAAGUACAGCUAAAACGCCCCAAAAAUGAUUCCUCUAAGCCCUACUAA